AUGGAUGGACCGAAGGAAGCGGACGAUGAAGACCGGGUACAUCCGCGGGUCAUUAUUCAUAUCGAUAUGGACUAUUUUUAUGCUCAAGUAGAGGAAGUACUGAAUCCCUCCCUUAAGGAUAAGCCGUUCGCAGUAAAGCAACGUUUUUGUGUAGUAACCUCGAACUACAUCGCACGGCAGCAGGGCAUCAAGAAGCUGCAGCCUGUGAAGGAAGCUCUUGCCAUGUGCCCAGAGUUGGUGUUGAUCAAUGGGGAAGAUAUUACCAAGUAUAAGGAAAUGUCGGUACGUAUAAACGAAAUCAUGCAUCGGUUUACGACACACGUCGAAAAACUCGGGCUGGAUGAGAAUUACCUGGACGUAACGGAAUUAAUUGCCGAGCGGCUCGAACAACUGGAAGCGACGGGUGGUAGCGCAGAGCAUUCGCAUCUUAACUAUGUCGAGGGACUCAUCCAUCCUCCGCCGGAUAGAAGCGAAUGCGCCGAGGUGGCGCCAUUUCGGGAAACUGAUCGGGAUCUUUUCCGGCGAUGUUGCCACUGUGGCUGUGAUCGAAGACUUAUACUGGCAACACACCUAGCGAAAGAGAUACGUGACAGCAUAUACAAGGAGCUGGGGCUGCGCUGUUGUGCCGGAAUUGCGCAUAAUAAGCUGUUGGCAAAGCUGGUUGGUGCAGUUAACAAACAGAACAAGCAAACGGUUCUGCUUCCCACAAAAGGGAGCAUAUUCGUUGCAUCGCUUGGUUCGGUUCGUAGUCUUACCGGGAUAGGAGAAAAAACAGCCCAAACUUUGGCAGACUGCUGUGGUAUAAGCACCGUCACAGAUCUGCAAUACGUUGAGUUGGGCAAGCUUACUAAACACCUGGGCUACGAACAGGCAGUAAGAUUGAAGCAAAUUGCGUUCGGUCGAGACGAUACAGCCGUGAAGCAAACGGGUAAACCGAAAUCAGUCGGUCUAGAAGAUUCGUGCCCAUCCAUAUCGGUGCGGGCGGAUGCGGAAGAAAAGUUUCGCCAUCUGCUCGUGCGGCUGGUGAAAAACAUCGCUGAAGAUGGUCGGGUGCCGAUCGCUAUAAAGGUAACCGUUCGCAAGUAUGAUGUAGCGAAGCGAACCACACACCGCGAAUCGAAACAAGACAAACUGCUUCCCUCGAUGUUUCGACAUGCUAACGGGCGGCUGAUAUUGGCGGACGGUGCACAAGAUAAAAUUCUCGGCAUCGUCAUGAGAGUAUUCGAGCGGAUGGUUGAUCUGCGCCAACCGUUCAACAUCACGCUACUGGGGCUGUCAUUCUUCAAGUUUCAAGAGCGGCGGAUCGGUAGCAAAUCGAUCGCUAAUUUUCUAAUAAAAAAGUCCGACAUCGAGGUCCAGUCCAUAACCAAUCUUAGCAACGAGUCGAUCACGCUCAGCGAUAUCAGCUUUUGCUCGAACAAGUCAUCGCUUUCGGCAAUGGACUGUGAACCAUGCUGUUCCUCGGAUGCAGGCUCGAUCGCGUCUCAAUCCGGAUCGGAAUCAGACGUGGAACCAUCGCCAAAAAAGUCUCGUCGAGUUGUGUUGUGCUGUGUCCCAGGUACACAGGAACGACGAUACGGGAACAACAGUGAACCGGACGAAACCACACUAAGCAAGCUGCGAGUAGCCGAUCUACGAUUGAAUUCCAAAGAGUAUGAUCAGGACCAUCCUUCCACGGCUGUGUCGCCCGGUUCCCCGAUGGAUGUUUCCACACAAACCGGACCAUCGAAAAUGUCGUCAUUCUUCCGAGAGCGUAUAGCCACAACGUCCGAUCAACUCCCAAGCCGAUCCACACCGGUGUGCAUUAGAUCGUACGACAACAUGGCAGGCGGUAGCAGUAAAAUGGAAGUUACUGUUUCACCUUCGUCGAACGACAUUCCCCGCCGCGACCGUGUCGGAAGCGGAAGGGACCAAACGCAGAGUAAAAAUCAUAGCAAAAGUACAAACCUCCUGCCGCCCAACGUGGACCCGGAAGUGUUUCAUGCGCUGCCGGAUGACGUUCAACAGGAGCUACUUAGUAACUGGCGUAGGGCGAAUGGCGGUACGGUAGCCAGCAGUAGUGCAGGAUUAGGCCCUAGUAAAGCAAACUCCAACCCAGGCAGUGCGAGCUCAAGCAGUACUCACAACAAUUCCACCACUAACAAUAGUAGUAGUAAUAACAAUAAUAGUACUCCAGCAAAUGCUGCCGCAUCCGGUAAGGGUAGCACUAAAAAUACUUUACAUCGCUACUUCGUUAAAAACACGUAG